AUGGGGAAGGACCAGGAACUGCUGGAAGCCGCUCGCACUGGGAAUGUGGCUCUGGUGGAGAAACUCCUCUCUGGGAGGAAAGGAGGGAUCCUGGGCAGUGGAUCUGGAGCUAUUCCCUUAUCCAGCUUACUGAGCAUCUGGCGAGGACCAAACAUAAACUGCACUGACAGUUCAGGUUAUACUGCUUUACAUCAUGCAGCUUUAAAUGGACACAAAGAUAUAGUUCUCAAAUUACUUCAGUAUGAAGCAUCAACUAAUGUAGCAGAUAAUAAAGGUUACUUUCCUAUUCACUUGGCUGCUUGGAGAGGAGAUGUAGAUAUUGUGAAGAUUCUCAUCCAUCAUGGACCAUCACACUCCAGAGUGAAUGAACAGAACAAUGAAAAUGAAACAGCACUGCAUUGUGCAGCUCAGUAUGGUCAUUCAGAAGUUGUUGCUGUUCUGCUAGAAGAGCUGACAGACCCCACAAUAAGAAACAACAAACUGGAAACACCUUUGGAUCUGGCAGCGCUUUAUGGACGUCUGCGUGUUGUGAAAAUGAUCAUCAAAGCGUAUCCAAAUCUGAUGAACUGUAAUACAAGGAAACACACUCCUUUGCAUCUUGCUGCUCGUAAUGGUCACAAAGCUGUCGUACAGGUGCUUCUGGAGGCUGGAAUGGAUGUCAGCUGCCAAACAGAAAAAGGGAGUGCCCUACAUGAAGCAGCCCUAUUUGGAAAAGUGGAGGUAGUACGCAUUUUGCUUGAAACAGGAAUUGAUACCAACAUAAAGGACAGUUUGGGUAGAACAGUUUUGGAUAUUCUUAAAGAGCAUCCAUCUCAGCAGUCUCUCCAAAUUGCAGCUCUUCUUCAAGAAUAUAUGGAAACAGGAAAUGCAAGUAUUUCAGAAGAACGCCCGCUGGAAUGUGCAGAACAUCAGUCUUGUGUUUUAUCCCCAGAAGUUCCUUCGUCUCCAAAGGCUAAAAGUGAAGCUGUGACUGGAGAAUUAUCAAAGCUCUUAGAUGAAAUCAAAUUGUGCCGAGAAAAGGAAUACUCUUUUGAAGAUCUGUCUCAUACACUAUCAGACCAUUAUCUGGAGAAUUUUAGUAAAGUAUCAGAGGAAGAUCUUAUGACCAGUGGAAGCCAAACCAAGCUUAAUGUAAGGCCUACUUCAAUGCGUUUAUCACCAAGGGAGGAAGAAGAUGAUGAUGCAGCUGAAAAUACCUGUGGACCUUCAGGUUUAUGGGAGGCACUGACACCUUGUAAUGGAUGCAGGAACCUUGGAUUUCCCAUGCUUGCACAGGAAUCUUAUUCAAAGAAGAGAGGUUAUGCAUUGGAAGCAAUAUCCUCUGUACCUCUGGAUGCAGUUGCUUCAGAAAAUGACAGCAGUCUUUGUGAUUCGAUAGACAUUGCAGUCACCAAAAAGCCUUGUUCCCUAGAGAUCGCAAGAGUUCCUUCCUCAAGACCAGAUAAUGCACCUCAGGUAGCAAUUACCGCACCAGGAUCUGGUAACCAUAGAAACAGCUCUACAGGCCCAACACCUGACUGCUCUCCUCCAUCACCAGACACUGCACUUCAAAACAUAGUGAAAGUCAUACGUCCUCAGCCAAAACAACGUACAUCCAUAGUAUCUUCUCUGGAAUUUCACCGAAUGAAUCACAGCCACAAUUAUUUUGAAAUCAACCCAUCCAUUGGCUGUGCAAGUUUUAUUUCUACUCCUGCAAUCAGUCCAGCUAAUUAUUCCUUUGGAUCUCUGGAAUACAGUCUUGAAGAGAAAGAACUUUCAGAGCAACAUAGCCAGGGUGAAACAUCCACUGAAAGUGAGCUUCCUGAAGGACACCCUGCUGACCAGUUUGCAGGUUUACUUCAUGGAUCAUCACCUGCGUGUGACCCACCUGAAAACCCACUCCAGCUGUACAGCAAAGUAAACCCGUGCAGUGGGCCACUGGAGAAAAGCGUUUUGAGCAAGAGCACGGCGCAGCAGAUACAGCUACGGAAAGAAAGCGGCUCUGAUCCUCCUGUUAAGAAAAAAAAGCCGCCAAUUGUAAACAGAACCAUAUUUCAUACUAAAAAUAAACCAGCAGAAAAUCAUACCCUGGUUGGCGCGCCAAGGAUAAGUGAACAAUGGGUUGUUACCACUGGGGGAUUUGUGGAGAGAGCAUGCACGCUGGGCAGAAUUCGAUCCUUACCAAAGACCUUGCUGGAAAUGCAUUUGUGCAAAAAUGUUUCAAAAUCUGAUUCUAAUCUUAUCACACAUCCGCCAAACGAUAAAAAAGCAAGAAGCAAUUGGAGUGAACCCACACCAAAGCCACAGUGCUCCAAAGGAAAUUCGGAGAGAACACCUUCCUUCACAUCUGAAUGGGAAGAAAUUGAUAAAAUCAUGAGUUCAAUCGAUGCUGGAAUUAAUACUGGACUGGGGGAGAUGAAAGAUCACACUACAAGACCCCGAUGCCCUGUCCAGACAGUGGGACAAUGGUUGGAAAAUAUUGGGCUACCUCAGUAUGAAAACCACUUGCUGGCUAAUGGAUUUGACAAUGUGCAAUUCAUGGGAAGCAACGUGAUGGAGGACCAGGAUCUUUUGGAAAUAGGAAUCCUUAACUCUGGGCACAGACAGAGAAUACUCCAAGCAAUCCAGCUUCUCCCAAAGAUGAAGCAGAUCGGUCACGAUGGUUACAACCCCUCCUCUGUAGCUGAAUGGCUGGAUUCCAUUGAACUGGGUGACUAUACCAAAUCCUUUCUAAUUAAUGGCUAUACAUCGAUGGACCUUGUGAAAAAAAUAUGGGAGAUUGAAUUAAUUAAUGUCUUAAAAAUUAGUUUGAUUGGCCACCGGAAGCGUGUUCUGGCAUCUUUGGGAGACAGGCUUCACGAAGAUCCUCCUCAGAAACCACCUCGGUCAAUAACCCUCAGGGAACCCAGUGGUAACCACACUCCUCCUCAGUUGUCUCCAUCACUUAGCCAAAGCACUUUCACUACUGGUGGCUCCCUGGACGUUCCCCACAUUAUCAUGCAGGGCGAUGCAAGGAGAAGAAGAAAUGAAAACUAUUUUGAUGAUAUUCCCCGGUCAAAGCUGGAGAGGCAGAUGGCACAGACAGGAGACUGGGGAGAGCCUUCAAUUACCUUGCGACCUCCAAAUGAAGCCACAGCAUCAACACCUGUACAAUAUUGGCAACAUCAUCCAGAGAAACUCAUCUUCCAGUCAUGCGAUUAUAAAGCAUUUUAUUUAGGUUCUAUGCUGGUAAAAGAGUUAAGAGGCACAGAGUCAACACAAGAUGCAUGUGCAAAGAUGAGGGUAAAUUGUGCAAAGUCGACAGAACAGAUGAAGAAAGUACCAACCAUUGUGCUGUCUGUCUCUUACAAGGGAGUCAAAUUUAUUGAUGCCACAAAUAAGAAUAUUAUCGCUGAACAUGAAAUCCGUAACAUUUCCUGCGCUGCACAAGACCCCGAAGACCUUUCUACGUUUGCGUACAUCACUAAAGACUUGAAGACUAAUCACCACUACUGCCACGUAUUCACUGCGUUUGAUGUGAAUUUAGCUUACGAAAUCAUUCUUACACUAGGACAAGCAUUUGAGGUGGCCUAUCAGCUUGCACUACAAGCACGAAAAGGGGGUCAUUCUUCAACCCUCCCUGAAAGCUUUGAAAACAAACCCUCUAAACCUAUUCCCAAACCACGUGUUAGUAUUCGGAAGUCAGUGCAGAUAGAUCCAUCCGAACAAAAGACUCUUGCGAAUCUACCCUGGAUUGUUGAACCUGGACAAGAGGCCAAAAGAGGCAUUAAUACCAAGUAUGAAACUACAAUUUUCUGA